AUGGAAGGGGGCGUGGUCACUGCUCAGAGGGAGCGUUUCCCUGCUUUGAGGGGGCGUGGUCGCUGCUCCGAGGGGGCGUGGUCUCUGCUCCGAGGGGCGUGGCCAAUACUGAGCGACCGCCGUUCCCCUGCAGAGGGGGCGUGGCCACACGCUCUGAAAGGGGCGUGUCCGCCGCAGAGUGGGCGUGGCCUGCGCCGUGAGGGGACGCUCCAAGAUGGCGGCUCUGGCUGCGCUCUGGGCGCUGCUCUCGGCCCUGGCCGGGCUCGCUCCGGGCCCGGGGCCCGCGGGGGCCGCGCAGCUCCCGCUGCUCGUCUGGAGCACGGAACGGUCUCUGUGGGCGCCCCCUCCCCUCCCCGCGGCCGGGCUCUGUCGGAGCCGGAGCUGCAGCAGCUGCUGGAGCCGGGGCUGCGCCGGGGACCGCGAACUGUGCUGCUGUUCCUGCAGGACCAGUUAUCCGUGGAUGACCUGACGGCGUUCGGGGCCGUGUUCGGGAAUGAGCCCAACGGAGCCUUCAAUAAACUGAGGGACGCUCUGAGCUCGGCGGGCUCCACGCUGACCCUGCCCUGGGUGUCGGGAUCGGCGGCGGCCGCGCUGCCCCACACGCUGCAGCGAGCCCUGGGGGCGCCGGCCCCGCUGAGCCUGCCCGGGGGGGCGCUGGGGGGGCUCCGCAACCGCACGGAGCCCACGGAGAGCGGCCCCGGGGAGCCGGCCGUGCUGCUGGUGGGGCUGCCCCACAGCCGGGGCUCCGGCCUGAUGGGACCCAGAGAGGCUCUGAGCAGGAACGACGCGGUGCUGGGGGAGGUGCUGCAGGUGCUGCAGGAGGAGCAGCUCCCGUACACGGCGCUGUUCACCGCCAGGGCGGCCACGCCCCCCCCCGCCAUCGUUUCCCCCCCGGAUUUUGGGGGUCCCCGCCGCUCCCUCCUUGCCCAGGGGGGGGACCCCGAGGCGCCGCCCCCCCCCCUGCGCUGGCCCCCCCAGGGGGACCCCAAAAUCCUGCUCUGGGCCCGGAACGUGACGGUGACGCUCGGGGGGCGCCCCCGGGACCUGACCCCCCAAACCUUCGGCCCCGAGGCCUCCGUGGAGCUGGGGGGGUCCUCGUGGAGCCCCCACGAGGCUCGGUUGGUUCUGCGCUACCCGGACGUGUUUGGGGACACCCUGAACAUCACGUUUGUUCUCCGCCGGGCGUGGUUCCCGGUCUCGGGCCGCCCGUGGGCGUGGCUUGAGGAGCUGUCACUCACGCUCGGCCCCGCCCCCCCCGCGCGGUUCGGGUCCGGGGCGCCGCCGCCCCCUCCCCCCUCGGGUGGCGCUGCGGGGACCUGGGGAGCCCCGGGCCCCUCCUGCUGCCCCUCCCCCGCUGGAGCACGGCCAGCGCUGGGGCAUCCAAAUCCGGGACCUGCAGGUUCAGGGGUUCAACGUCUCCGGGGGCGUUUUUGGGGGGCCUCGGACUGCGCCGGCUUCUUUGGGGUGGGGGCGUGGAUGGGGCUGCUCUCGGGGGGGCUCCUGCUCGGGGGGCUGCUCCUGGGGGGGGGGGGUCCUGCUGGGGCUGCGCCCAUGGAUCGCUUCGACGACCCCCGAGGGCCCCCCCUGCCCGUGCCCCUGGGCGAGUGAGGGGACCCCCAAAAAAUCCCCAAAAAUGAGCCCCAAAAAUCCUGAAAGUGUCCUGAAAAUUUGGGGGAAAAAAUGUGAGAAUUUGGGGGAGAAAUCCUGAAAAAAGUCCUAAAAAUUUUGGGGGGAAAAUGCAAAAAUUUGGUGUAAAAAUGCAAAUAUUUGGGGGAAAAAUACAAAAGUUUGGUGGAGAAAUGCUAAAAAUUCAGGCGAGAAAUCCUAAAAAUUUGGAGCAAAAAUCCCAAAAUUUCAGGGGAGAAACCCCCAAAAAUCGGAGGAAAAAUCCCAAUAAAUUUGGAGUAAAAAUCAUAAAAGUUUGGUGGAGAAAUCCUAAAAAAUGUGGAGGAAAAAGUCCCAAGAAUUUGGAGUAAAAAUCCUGAAAUUCAGUGGAGAAAUCGGAGGGAAAAAUCCCAAAAGUUUGAGGGAGAAAUCCUGAAAAUUUGGAGGAAAAACCCCAAAAAUUUCAUAGAGAAAUCCUAAAAAUUCAGAGUAAAAAUCCAAAAAAUUUGGAGAAAAAAAAUUGCAAAAGUUUCGUAGAGAAAUCCCAACAAUUCAGAGGAAAAAUCCCAAAAGUUUGGAGGAGAAAUCCCAAAAAAUUCAGCAUCAAAAUCCUAGAAGUUUAGGGUAGAAAUCCUAAAAACUUGAAGGAGAAAUCCCAAAAAAUUCGGAGUAAAAAUCCUAAAAGUUUGGGGGAGAAAUCCCAAAAAAUCAGAGAAAAAAAAUCCCAAAUUUGGAGGAAAAAUCCCAAAAGUUUGGUGGAGAAAUCCUGAAAGUUUGAGGGGAAGAAAAGCUAAAAGUUUCUGAGUAAAAUGUCCCCAAAAUGUGCAGGAAAAAUCUCCAAAAAUUCAGAGGAAAAAGCCCCAAAAU